GGCAGUCCCCUAUCUUGGCUUCCAAACCAUCCACCACCGUGCCGCUAUACGGCAUCUCUUCAGAACAGGGUGAACAGGAUCGCGGGCCCUUCUUCUAAAAAAUGGCGCCGUCAACGGCGAGGCUGUGGAUUGCUGCACUUAUUGUAACUGUAUGCGAGGCAGCGCCAACAGUCUCGUUCCCCAUCAACUCCCAGGUGCCACCUAUCGCCCGCAUCGGCGAGCCCUUCGAAUUCGUCUUCUCAUCAAGCACCUUCUCCUCAGAUUCACCUAUAACAUAUACACUGUCGAAUCCACCAGAUUGGCUAUCAAUCGAAAGUGGCGCACGACGAAUAUUCGGAAUACCUCGGCAGGCAGACGUGCCCUCCGGGGAAGUCUUGGGUGUACCCAUCACGAUCGUUGCUACUGAUCCCUCCGGCUCUGUUUCGUCGGCCGCGACGCUCGUAGUGUCGAGGAACCCGUCCCCGGUCGUCCAAAUUCCGCCCGCGGAGCAGGUGCCCAAGUUUGGCCAACCGUUUUCUCAGCCGGCCUCUGUGCUCUCCUAUCCGGACAAUGACUUUGACUACGCUUUCUCGACAUCCACCUUUUCCCGACCGAACCUCAACUAUUAUGCCGUUAGUGGCGACAACAGCCCUUUGCCAGCCUGGAUUUCGUUCGACCCAAGCAGACUGGGUUUCCGCGGGAGGACACCACCACUAGGUUCGCUAGUGAACCCACCGCAGGCCUUUGAGUUCAAGCUCAUGGCCUCCGAUGUCGUUGGCUUCUCGGCCGUCUCACUGUCAUUCUUUGUAGUUGUAGGAGAGCACCAGCUGACGACUGAAGAGAUCUCGUACGACAUCAACGCGACCAUCGGCUCUGCUGUGUCUGACAAGAACCUGAAGGGCAAGGUUAGACUGGAUGGGAGAGAGGCAGAGCCAGCUGAUAUAAGAUCGAUCGAGACGCCAAAUAUUCCCUCCUGGUUGUCACUUGACAAGGACAACUGGGAGUUUCGUGGCAUACCACCGACAGGUUCCCGACCUACCUCUUUCCCCCUGAUUCUCCGAGAUCGAUACGGGGACUCUCUCAACCUGACCGUGCAGGUCAACUUUGCAACAGCUUUAUUCCGAAAUUCUCUUGGAGACCUGCAAGUCAAGGCUGGGUCUCGAUUCUCCUUCGACUUGAAACCACACCUGUUGAAUCCGGACGCGACCGAAAUCGAACUGGAGACGGAUUCAGCUUCGAAAUGGGCUAGUUACGAUGCCUCCGUGAUGAGGUUGUCUGGGAACAUCCCGAGAAAUCAAGGUGUCUCUGCUGCGACGCUGGUGCUCAAGGCGAAGUCCAAAACCUCUGACAUUACAGACGAGCGCGCCUUGAGGAUACGAAUAGACGAUUCAGGCGAAAGCAGCUCUCCAACGACCCUGAUAACAGCUCCGACUUUGUCAGCAACCCAGCAGCCAACGCUGGCGGGCGAAACCUCGCCAGAGUCGACUUCCCAAUCAAGUCUGCCGACAUCUAGUAGCGAAUCCAGCGAAGGCGGAGGACUAUCUCUGGGAAAGAUCCUGCUGGCCGUCCUCUUACCCGUCACGCUGCUUGCCAUCCUAUUGUUUUUCCUGUGUCUGGCCUGGCGCAGGCGGAGACAGCGUCGAUCUCGCCCCCUGGACAGGAAGGACAUCUCGGGGCCCAUUCCUGGCAGCUUCAUGCAGGUCGGUGUCCCUGAAGAUUCGCCAAUGCGAGAGGUUAGCAAGAGCGUCGAUGUCGGAUAUCAGGAAACCGCGGGAAGGAAUAGUGCCCCAGGAGGCCGGACCUUUUCCUCGGCAGCGUCGAGACAGAGUUUCUACAGGUUCCCAAUGACACCGCCGCCGCGCGCCCCCCCUGUACCUGGAAGUGUACUAAACGCGGACCACGGCCUCAAAGGCGGUAAAAACGCCAGCAGCGGUUGGAAAGCGGCCAAUCUAUUUGCGGCUGCCACCAGAAAAGCGCGCAGGGCGAGGUCCAAGAGUUACCUCUCAGAUACUAGCGUAUACGUAGACCCCCAGCCCUUCGACGUCUCGACGAUGCCUUUGCCGCCUCGAAUGGCCGGAAGCGCCGGGGGUGCGGGUUCAUUCCGGAGCACCGUGGAAUUUGGCAUCCCUACGUUGCACGACUAUAACGACAGCAUACAGCAAACCCCGGAAAGGUUCGAGGAUAAUGGGACUGUUGGAACUGUUGGAACAAUCGAAUCAGGGAGGGCGGUGAGGAGGUACUACCUCCCGGCUGCCAAAUCGGGGGAGCCAGAUGCGAGCCAUGAAUACAUGGACAUGUCUCCUGACGACCCGGCGACGUUGCCACCGGCUCCUGCUCAGCUUAGGUUUAACGGGCGUUCAAAGGUAGAUGCAUACGACCAGGAACAAAAUGGCAAAGGCGGUGGCACCGUGGCCGGAUUUGUUAGCAAGCUCAACAACAAGAACAGUUUUGGCAGCAUCACCACGGUGGACACGUUCAAGGACAAGACAACAGCAGCAAGAGAGCAUCGAGUGGGAGAGCACAUGGACGGGGGAAUCAUCAAUCGACCACGGCCGGCAGCUUUGUCGGGCCUACCAUCGUCACUCCCACACGGUGGACGUAGCCAAUCGGCAGGGCUUCGGGGAGUUCUUCCGCGCUCCACUGCCGCAAGACCACCAAUCAUCAACAUAUCUCACCACCAAACCGUGUUCAAUGAUGAAAUGGGCGGGGAGUGGACGCCAGUCCUCCCCGACCCGCUUGGCAUCUCGUACGAAGACAUCGCCAACAGCUCGCCGUUUCAGCAUUCCCCGACGUGGUUGACCAUCAGGAGCACAGAAAGAGGGGCAUCUUCUGCCGAGCCGGAUGCAAGUCCGUCUUCUGGCAAGCCGAACUGGACGGUCCUGAAGGAGGAUGACGACUCGCCCGUCAUCAACGAAUGGGUGCAGCGCGAUGGUGAGAGACGAGACGGAGGAUACGAGAAGGCAGGCCGUGGUGCAACAGGCCCGGGUCUGGGGACCAAUAUACAUAAUAAUAAAGAUGGUGACGCCCAUGCGCUUCGGCACCCGCCGGCUGACAGAAGCUGGGAUGUCGGCCUGGGGUUGAGGAGUCUGUGGAAGGGUAGCAAGUUUCGGGACGACAGGGGGCAUCUUUCCGAGGUGGCGAUGAAUUCAUCAUCAUCGCCUUCACCGCGGGCCCAGGAACGAGACACGAAAUACACGUCGCAAUACUCGGUCUUUAGUAUGUGGGGCUCGACUGAGGAGAACAACACGGGGCGGUCGGCUGGCGGAGCUGGCAGUAAUGGGUCGAGGGGAUCGAGUUUAAGGUCUAGGAUUAGCGACUAUAGGGUUUUUGUUUGAGCCAGACCAUGGAAUAUAGCUCUUCCGCUAACUAUAGGCAGCUUAUUGGAAAGGUUUCCUUCGAUACUUUGGCAAUAAACUUGCGAUUGCAUUUUCCCCUG